AUGAAGCUCUCUUGCGUCACCGCGGUCUUAGCUUUUGUCACUAGCUCUUUGGCCCUCCCCAGUACGUCCAUCAACAACGUUCUUAUUGAGCGAGACGGGGGCGAAGCUGUUGCGUCGGGGGAGAGCCCUGCCACGGACUAUGUAAUUCCCAUCGACAAGCGCGAUGAGAGUCCGGCCACGGACUACGUUAUUCCCAUUGAUAAACGGGAUGAAAGCCCGGCAACUGACUACGUUAUUCCGAUCGACAAAAGGGAUGACAAUCCGGCAACAGACUAUGUCAUUCCCAUCGACAAGAGAGAAGACCCCACUGAUCCCGGUGGCGAAAGUCCUGCCACAGAUUAUGUUAUCCCUAUCGACAAGUGA